CAUUCUCAUGAGAAGAAGCUAAAUUUUCUCUUAGGUUAGUUGCUUUCACCAUCUAUUGCCACGUGUUAGUGCUCACUUCCGUUAACGCCUAUUACAGCUAGCUUAGCACCAUGAUCACUUCUUGAUCCUUCUUUACCUAAUGGUUUCACUAUUUUCCAAUUUUUUGCUACAAUUAAGUCCAAUUGUUACUCCCUUCCUCUCAAUUCUGCAUUUUGAAUUGAUGGCGUUUUUCCAUUUCUUGAAAGAAGAGCUUGCUAGAGUUUUGCAGGUCAAUUUGAGUGCUGUUUCUAACUAUCUAGAUUGUAAAGUUAGAAUCUUGAGUCCAAUUCUUCAGUUUUGGAAGUUCUGUUUUCUUGAACCAGUCAACUUGUCUUCAGUAAGCACUCAAUCAUUUGAACCCCCCAAAUCCCAUGUUGAGAAAAAACAAGAAAAUGUAGUUACUGAUGAGACGCCAAAACACAAGAAAACCAAGAGGCAAACUAAGGAAUGGAGAUGUAUAGAUAACUGUUUUUGGAUAAUUGGGUACUUGUGCACAACUUGGUGGCUACUUUUAUUUCUAUGCAAUGUUUUGCCUGCCAAUUUGCCAGGACUUAAAGUGGCUGAAUCACCUGGGACUAGGCUAAAAAAUGAAGGGUUGAAUGCUCAUCACCCUGUUGUUUUGGUGCCUGGAAUUGUAACUGGUGGUCUUGAACUUUGGGAAGGCAGGCCUUGUUCUGAAGGCUUAUUUCGGAAGAGACUUUGGGGUGGUAGCUUUGCUGAAAUUUUCAAGAGGCCUUUAUGUUGGUUGGAGCACCUAUCUUUGGAUAAUGAAACAGGGCUUGAUCCACCUGGGAUUCGAGUGCGAGCAGUGACAGGGCUAGCAGCAGCUGAUUAUUUUGCUCCUGGUUACUUUAUUUGGGCUAUGCUUAUUGAAAAUUUGGCGAAGAUUGGCUAUGAACAGAAGAAUAUGUAUAUGGCUUCUUAUGACUGGAGGCUAUCUUUCCAAAAUACAGAGAUCAGAGACCAAUCUCUGAGCAGGCUAAAGAGAAAAAUUGAGCUUUUGUAUGUAACAAAUGGUUUUAAGAAGGUGGUGGUAGUGCCUCACUCAAUGGGUGUUACCUAUUUUCUCCACUUCCUUAAAUGGGUUGAAGCAGCUCCUCCUGUUGGCGGGGGUGGUGGCCCCGGUUGGUGUGCCAAGCAUAUCAAAGCAAUCAUGAAUAUUGGUCCAGCGUUUCUUGGAGUUCCAAAGGCAGUUGCUAAUAUAUUGUCCGCUGAGGGAAAAGUUGUUGCCUUUAUCAGAUCCAUGGCUCCUGGUUUAUUAGACUCGGAGACCUUUGGCUUUCAAACCCUUCAACAUGUUAUGAGGGUUUUUCGAACGUGGGACUCUGUUGUUUCAUUGCUACCGAAAGGAGAAGAGACAAUCUGGGGCGACCUGAAUAAGUCCCCUGAAGAAGAAAAUGUAUGCCGUUCAGCGAAGAUGCAAUACCUGCAUUCGUCUCCAAAGGAGAACAAUGGAAAUGAGACUGACCCUAGGAGGAGGAGUAUCCAGGUAAAAGAGCUGGCGAAAUUCGGAAGAUUAGUAUCAUUUGGGAAGGCAGCAUCAGAGAUACCUUCUUCAAAGCUCUCUUCUAUUGAUCCAAAGGAAUUCGUGUAUGAAAGUGCGCCCAUUUCCAGCACAGCAUGUGAGGAGUUGUUAACAGAGUGUGAUGGGAUGAGUCGGGAGAGCAUCAAGAGAGUGGCUGAAAAUAAAGCCUACACAGCAAGAACUCUAAUGGAUCUCCUCAGGUUUGUAGCGCCGAAAACGAUGCAGCGCGCUGAGGCACAUUUCUCCCACGGAUUAGCAGAGAACUUAGAAGAUCCAAAGUAUAGUCAUUAUAAGUACUGGUCAAAUCCACUUGAAACCAUCUUGCCUGAUGCUCCUGAGAUGGAAAUUUUCUGCUCAUAUGGAGUGGGAAUUCCCACAGAAAGAUCAUACGUCUACAAGAUGUCACCUUCUGACAGAUGUAAGAGCAUUCCUCUUCAAAUUGAUACCUCUGCAGACGGAAGCCAUAAUGGUUGUUUGAGUGGUGGAGUAAACUUUGUUGAUGGCGAUGAGAGCGUGCCAGUCGUGAGUGCUGGCUUCAUGUGCGCAAAAGGAUGGCGAGGCAAGACACGUUUCAACCCAUCGGGGAUUGCUACUUACGUAAGAGAAUACCAGCACAAGCCACCAGCUAGUCUGCUAGAAGGGAGAGGCACAGAGAGUGGUGCCCAUGUUGACAUUCUGGGAAACUUUGCCUUGAUUGAAGAUGUUCUACGAGUUGCUGCUGGUGCCUCAGGUACAGAGUUAGGUGCUGAUAGAAUUUAUUCGGGCAUCAUGGAAAUGUCAGAACGGAUAAAUAUUCAGCUAUGAUAGCAAAGAGGUUUUGAUACAUGAAUGAGGAACUAAGUUCAGAGUCCGAUAAUGAGUAGAGAUAUGUACAGUAACGUUGUUAUUAGCUUUAGCGGAACAUGGACUCAGGAAAAGACUUAAUAGAUUUUUAUGACAAAUGACUUAAGACAGAGCCCCAAGAGAGUGGACAAAUCAAGUUGGUAACAAGGGCACCAUUGGCAUUGAUUGUAAAUUUCCAACUCAGAGAGUAGCAUUUCUGACUUAUGUAAUCUACUAGUAAUAAAUAUUCAGUUUCUCUAAUAGAGUGUAAGAUUCUGGUCU